AUGGCUUAUCAGUCAUGUCUUGGGCUAAAGAUUAGCGAUUUGGCUGCGAUGACGGCCGCUAGGACAUUUUUUGUUAUUAUUUGCGGCAUAACUAUGACGAUCUGGUUAUAUCUUUUCCUAGGCUUAGCUGCACAGGAUGCGCUGCCAGUUUUGGGGAGUGAAGUGAAUAGGAUGUCUUCUGUUAUUGAUACUCUUAAACAACAAGCUCGAUCAGAAGCCGAGGAACUCAAUCAACUAAAAGAAGCAAUACAUGAAUUAUCGAAAGGAAAACACUCGAACAAAAAAGCUGAUUUUCACAAACCUCGGAAGCCGCGACGCUGGUUAGAGCCAAUUCCUGUUGUGGUAUUUGUGUGCAACCGUUCAGCUGCGGUAUUAGGCCUUAUACGGAAAUUAUUAUCAUUGCGUCCAUCUAGCGAGCUAUUUCCGGUUAUUGUAAGUCAGGAUUGCGACGAUAUCCCUGUCCAGCGGUCUAUCGCAGAAUUUCGUGACAAAAUAACCUACAUAAAGCAUAAAAGUGCUCAGCAGGAUCAUGUUGUUGUUCCUAAGCAACACAAAAAAUACGCAGCCUAUUAUUAUAUUGCUCGUCACUAUAAGCUGACUCUCACUCAUGUGUUCGAUGUUCUCAAACAUAGUACCGUCAUCCUUCUCGAAGGUGAGGUGAUUGAGUUGGCCAGCUCAUACGUACUUGGUUUUAUGCUUUUAGACGAUCUUGAUAUUGCUGACGACUUUUUUGAGUAUUUCUCGGCAACGCGGUAUCUGUUGGAUAAAGACCCUAUGUUAUGGUGCGUCUCUGCAUGGAAUGAUAAUGGAAAGAGUGGUGUAAUUGAUACGGAAGCGAAUACGCUUCUUUAUCGUAGCGACUUUUUCCCAGGACUGGGUUGGAUGAUGACGAGGAAAACGUGGGCUGAAAUUAGCCCAAAAUGGCCUGCAGGAUUUUGGGAUGACUGGAUGAGAGAACCAGAGAACCGAAAGGCAAGCAACGAUUAUUUCAACAGACGCAUAAAGAGUUGCUGCUUGCAGGGGCGUCAUUGCAUUCGACCAGAAAUCAGUCGUACAAAAAUGACUGCGUUUGGGAAAAAAGGCGCAAGCAAGGGGCAGUUUUUCGAGAAACAUGUUGCGAAAGUUAUUUUAAACAAAAAUCCCGUUGCAUUCACUCUCAAAAAUCUCGACUACUUGUUGAAUGUAAGUUUUGCUCGAAUAUCUUACGUAACUUUUUCUUUUGUUCCACCUACAAUUAUCUCUUUGCUAUCAACGCUCAGCUUUUUAAAGCCGGAUUACGAUCGCCAUUUCGAUCAACUUGUAUAUGAAAGGAGUGCUCUUGUGGACAUCAACGAAGUAAAUGCCACCAUCGCUACUGGAAUACAUAAGAUUCUGAGGUGAGU